GUGACAAAUGGUGCGCACCCAGUAGAUGGUCAAGGAAAACAACUGCAGAUUCGCGCAAUUUUUAUUAAUAUACACAUUAAUUUUUUUGCGCCUUCACGGAGCUUUGAAUUUUUUGGGUUGGUGGUUACAUGCUGGUAUAUGAAUAGCUAAGUUUUGAUUGUGCUCGUUAGCAGCCUUCCUUUAGGAAUAUCUCCGAUGUAUUUUUAGCCAGGCAGCUAAGAUUAGCAGCUAAACAUUAGCGCAGCCGGUUUCGGACGGGUUGUUUUUAGCUACAAAUUAAAGCUUUGUGCCGACGGGAGUCAAACCCCACGGCCAGCAACGCACGGGGGGUUAUAGGCCGUGUUUCCCCGCCGGUGUCACGUCCUGAAGCCGGGUUAGUGGGCGUUUUCAGCCAUUAGCUCCUAAGCUAGCGGCUCCAUGUGAGGCAGGGGGGGUGCAUUUCGCAACCGAGGAAAUCUGAUGUGACAGCAAGGGGCGAAGAUCGGAUCUCUGCCAGAGCAGGUGAAGUCAUGCCUGACGCGCAUCGCGUGUUGCUCAAGAGACUCCCGGCGCUGUUAUAACAGCGGCCAGCGGGUUCCGACACAGCAUCGGUGAGGGAUUCCAGCCUGCCGGCAACAAUGCCCGGCAUGGUGGUGUUCGGGAGGCGCUGGGGGAUCGCCAGCGAUGAUCUCGUCUUCCCCGGCUCCUUUGAGUUACUCCUCCGCGUCGUCUGGUGGAUCGGCACCGUGGUGUUGUUCGCCCAUCAUAAGGGCCACUUUGGGUGCAGCGGGGGAGGAGUUCUGCACAGCUACCUGGUGGGGCUGCUGGCCGUGCUGGGGCUCAUCAUCCUGUCGCUGUGCGCCAUUGUCUAUGUCAGUGCCCAAGGCACCAUCGUUAAUCCGGGCAGGCGGCGCGCCAUGCCUGCCCUCGUGUACCUGCGAGCUCUGCUCUACGUCCCAGAGCUGGUCUGGGCCUGCCUGGGAGCCGUCUGGGUGUCCUCCGACAGCCGGGGCUGUGACCCGGCCACCGUGGGCGCCGUCAUCACCGCUGUUGUUACCAGCUGGGUCAUCCUGAUGUUCACGGGGCUGGGUGUGGUUUUCGUCUUCGACCCGAUGGGCAGCCCGCGCCCUCAGCCCGGCCCCGUGGAGCCGCUGGGCGUGCGGGACAUGGAGAGCGGCGGGGGCACCCAGUUCCUGUCCACGGCUCGCUCUCUGGCCACCAGGGUGUGGGAGUGCAGGCUGCGGCUGCUGUGCUGCUGCCUGCCGCAGGACGAGAGCCACCGAGCGGCUUUCUCCAGCAUCUCACAGCUCUUCAGCGACUUCUUCUCCGACACAGACCUGGUUCCCAGUGACGUAGCCGCCGGGUUGGCCCUGCUGCACCAGGAGCAGGAUAAGAUGGAGCGCAGCAGGGACCCGGAAGACGUCGUCAGCCACAGCCCUUCGUCUCCGAUCGAGCAAGAUCUGCAGACGGAGCUGGAGAAGGCGGCCCACUGCAUGCAGUUUGCUGCCGCGGCGUACGGCUGGCCUCUGUACGUCUACUCCAACCUCUUCACUGCGCCCUGCAAGCUCAGCGGAGACUGCUGCAGGUCGCGCGGCGCCGAGUACGACAUCGUAGGGGGGGACCACCUCGGCUGCCACUUCUCCUCCAUCCUGCAAACCACCGGCCUGCAGUACAGGGAUUUCAUUUACGUCAGCUUCCACAACCAGAUCUACGAGAUCCCGUUUUUUGUGGCGCUGGAUCACAAGAGGGAAGCCGUUCUGGUUGCUGUCAGAGGAACGCUUUCACUAAAGGAUGUUCUGACCGACCUGUCGGCCGAAUGCGAGAACCUGCAAGUGGAAGGUGUGUCUGGAGCUUGCUACGCUCACAAGGGCAUGUGCCAGGCGGCGGGCUACAUCUACAAGAAGCUCAUCAAUGACGGGAUCCUGAGCCAGGCCUUCUCCAUCGCCCCGGAGUAUAAACUGGUCGUGACGGGUCACAGUCUGGGCGCCGGCACCGCCGCACUGCUGGCCAUCCUGCUGCGCUCCUCCUAUCCCACCCUGAGGUGCUACUCAUUCUCUCCACCAGGGGGCCUCCUGAGUAAAGCCUUAGCUGAUUACUCCAAGGACUUUAUAGUGUCUGUGGUGUUGGGGAAGGACCUGGUUCCCAGACUGAGCAUCCCCAACAUGGAGGAUCUGAAGAGACGGAUACUGAAAAUAGUCACAAACUGCAACAAGCCCAAAUACCGCAUCCUGCUGCGGGGGUGCUGGUACGAGCUUUUCGGAGGCGACCCGGACGACUUCCCCACCGAGAUGGAGAGCAGAAGGGAGGAGCAGCUCGGCCAGCCGCUGCUGGGGGAGGAGUCUCUGGUGAUCCGCCACACGUCGUCCUACCAGAGCCUGGCGUCGGACGACUCGCCCGCCCACGCCGCUGCGCACCUGCCGCUCUUCCCGCCCGGGCGCAUACUGCACAUCACGGAGGACGGGCCGAGGCGGAGGUCCUGCUUCUCCCAGGUGCGGUACCGCGCCGACUGGUCCAGCGAGAUGGCGUUCCGCAGCAUCCUGAUCAGCCCCAGGAUGCUGGUGGACCACAUGCCCGACGCCGUGCUGCGAGCCCUCAACAGCCUGUGCAGCGACGGCCCCUUCUCCCUCUGCCCGUCGUCGUCCAGCGACAACCCGCACGCGUCUAUGUGAGGUCCAAGCCGGCUCCCCCCACCCCCACGUGUUUACAUCCGAUCCAGGAACGUUCCCAACCUCUUCCCGACCUGCGAUCCCAAAUAUUUCAUUGGUCAAAAGUUUGUCAAGCUUCUCAGUCAGAACAAUCAGUCAUGACGGCGAGGGGGAGACUUUGACUCCGUCGAGCUUUGACUCAUGUGUGAACCGUAAAUCCCCCCCCGCAGGAGCACAGAGUCGUUUCUUCGAUUGCACUUUUAUUUAAUUUAACACGCCACCUUUGCUUUGUUUUAAGUUACUCCGUGAGCAACUUUACGCCAUGCUAUUUGAAUGUUGUGUAUACGAUGUGACAGCGGUGCGGUCCACCUGUGACGUCAGUGUUUUUUAGUCUUGUGUGGUUUGAAGAGGGCGAGCAACGUUAGAUCUUUUCCGAAUGGAUGGAGGAAAAUAAAAAAAUAUUGUUGUGUGCUACCUGUAAGUUAGCAAGUCUUGUGUUGUUUUUGUUAUGUUUUUGGAACUUCAGGGUGAACAGUGCCUAUGCGUAAUGGAGAAAAAUGAAACGGGGAGCAUUUCUUUACAGAAAUACACUAAGUGAAGUUCAGAGCUGCAGUUUGAUUGAACUCAAACAUGAUUGGAGUUAAGAAAAAAAAAAGCCUAAAGGUUGUGCGUUUUUGUUGGAAUUUGUCUGCCUGCUAUGAAUGUUGCCAUAUUUUUUAUUUUUUUUUUAAGAGAGGCUUUUGUCUGAUAAACUUUCAUACCCUCUUACGAAUGCGUUUGAGACCUGAAUGCAAAUAAAGGCGAUUGUGACGUACACUUCUAA